GGGAGCCAGCAGCCCCCGCCCCAGGGCUUAGCUGCAGACGUGUCCUUUGGCUUUUGUCAGCUCCGGUUACAAAGACGGGCGCUGAUUUGAGGAAAAAGAACAAACAAACAAAAUGUUCGCAGGCUGCUGCUCCGGCUGUCACGCAGCGCCGAGCUCAGGCUCCUCGCUUAACGCCUUAAGAAAUAGAAGGAAUUAGCGGGGGCUUGAAUUACCUGCCCACCCCCAGCCCUCGCUGGGAAGGGGCGGACGCAGCGCUCCGUCCCCAGGUGUGCGGGAUUUGGGGCUCUCCUUCCUGCCCCCCCGGGGCCCACCGAGCUCCUCCCAGCUCUGUGCCGGCACCGCUCUGACCUUGGGCGCAGUGCGGAUGCUGUGCUAAUACUCGGAGAUGGCGACGGCUCCCGGACACGCUGAAAACAGCCGUUUCUCCGAAGGUGCCAAGCACAAAUCCAUGCUGGAAGGACACAGCGCCCAGCUGCGGCGCGGCCGGGGGAAACUGCUGGCCCGGGCAGGGCACAAAGCCAAGAGAAUCGGCAACAAGGGCAGCAUCAACAUCCAGAACAAGGCGUUCCACUGCCAAGUGUGCGAGAUCUACGUGAACUCCGAGACCCAGCUCAAACAGCACAUGAGCAGCCGGCGGCACAAAGACAGGCUGGCCGGGAAGCCGCCCAAGCCCAAGUACAGCCCCUACAACAAGCUGCAGAAGAACGCUGCCCUCGCAGUGAGUAUUCUCAAGUCCAAGCUGGCUCUGCAGAAGCACCUCACCAAGACGCUGGCGACGCGCUUCCUGCCCAGCCCGCUCACCACGGCUGUGUGCGCCAUGCCUGGGCCUCUCGCCCUGCGCCCGGCCGCUGCCACCACGCUCUUCCAAGCCCCGAUCCUCGGACCAGCCCUAUUCCGAACGCCUCCAGCCCACGUCCGCACCACGCCGGGCCCCAUCGUCUUCGCACCCUAUUAGAGCCGCUCGCCGGGUCCAUCGGCCGUGCCAUGGGGCUGCGCGGGGCACUGACUGCUCUCCUGGCUGAUGGGAAACCGUAGCAGUAGGCAUCGACCCAGGCUUCCCCUUUGCUUCCGGCUGGCUCCUGUUGGUGCACGACGCUCUGCCGGAGCCCAGCCCCACCGUGCCCCCUCUGCCGCUCCCCCUGCCCAUGCUGGCCCCGCAGCGGUUGGGCCACGUGGGGUGAGGAUGGUGCUGGAGCCACCAGGACCUUGCUGUGCUUCUUGUCUGCCUCCCAGUUCCCAGAUCGAGAGGAGAGGAGCUGGCUGGUCCCCCGGGGGUGGAGCAGCCCUGGUCCCCGCUGGUCUCAUCUGUCCCACGCCAAAGAGCCAUAGGCCACGGUGGUCACAUCCUCACUCCGAGAGCAAUAGGCAAAGCCUGGGACUCCCUCCUCUGCCCUCUGAAAGCACACAGCCUUUCUCCCAGGCAUCCCGAGAAGCACAGAAUUUGGGCACAGGCUCUGCUCCCAUCUGGUUUGCGCUCCCUGAGGUGGGAAGGAGGGGACACUGUGCUCUGAGCCCUGCUUGAUGCCGGCUGUUCGCCUCAGUCCCACCCCGGGGGGCACAAUCCUGCCCCUACCUCAGGGGAGAUGCUGUGAGGCUUCGUGAAUGUCCCCAAAGCACUUUUGGUUCUCCAGAGGAAGGCGCUGUCGUUGCUCACCAUCCGCUCCAUCCCCAUUAGGAGCUUCCAAGGAGUUUAUGACUCUGCCAAGCGAAGGCAUCCUGGCAGCCCAGACAAUCAGGGAGGAAGGAGCAGGCACUGCCAGCCUCCCUCAGAUGCUCUCUUUUCACUGUGCUCAGGAGGCCCAGCGAGGACCUGAUCUGAAAACUGUACCUGCAGCUCUCUGCGUUCCCAGUGCUGCUGUAAAUAGAAACCUGCAGGAAAGUCACAGCCCAAAUGGACCUCAUGCUGGAGUGACGACCCGCCCCGAUCUAUGCAAUCCCACGGGAGCAGCUGGCUCGUUGUUUGCUGUCUACGUUUUUGGUGCUCAGUCUGUAGGGCUGGGGGUGUUGUUUGGAGCAGAAAGGACACAAAGCAACACUCAGCUCUGUGCAGGUGGUUCCUCUGCCGUGCUGUCCCCUCCCAUCCCCAGGCCGGGUGCUGGCACAGAGACCUCUGCAGCAUCCCGGCACGAGGCUGUGUUCUUGCCCAGCCCUUGGGAUGAGGUGGUUUUGCACGUCUGGGAAUCUACACGCACAAGCGCACAUAUCUGACAUCUUGGCCAUAAGCAACACGUGAAUUUCAGGAGGAUUUUGCCCAGUGUGCACCACCAGUGCUCAGGAUGAGGUCUUGGAGGUGUACGGGGACCUGCUGCCACCUAAUGCUUCUGUUCCCAGAGCUGGGAACCUCGGGUGACAGCAGGGAGUGCUGCAUGGAGGGAGCAGCCACUGGGUCCUGCUGGCGCAGAGCUCAGCUCCCACAUCCAGAAGGCAUUCUGCUCACACCACGGGCAGUGCUGCCCCAUGGAGUGCUGCUGCUGUGUUACCCAUGCAGAAGAGUACAAACAAGCAUGUGGGUAUGGAUUUAUCUGCUCAGGGCAUCUCCCUCUACCUCAGGGAGGGACGGGGAGAGAGGGCACCAAGGGAGGGGGGAUCACGUAUGGAAAGAUCAGAGUAGACACGAGGUCCUGAGGUGGUGGGGAGACCAGCUUAAGAGAGCAGCGGAGGGCAGAAGGCUUCUGCAGCGGUGGCCUCAGCAGGGACACGGAGUGGGACCCACCAGCCUGGGGGACACGUGUGGCCCAGACCAGGAGACAACCCCGCAUCUCCCAGGACAGGAUGGGGGCUGGCUGGGGCCAGCAGGCAGCAGGAGGAUGUGGCUCUGACAGCAUCUCAGUGCCAAGCAGCCUGCAGCCACCCAGGCCCUCACCGUACCCGUCUCACUGUGCUCUUCUCCAGGCCUCCUCUCAGCUCUGGCUGCGGCAGAGGGCAGCUGUGGCCGUGCUGCAGCCUGCAGGAGCAGCUGGGCACCACUGGGUUGUUCCCCCUGCAUUUUGUUUUAAAAAGCCUGUGCUGGAGCCAGCAGUGGCUGCUCCUGUCACCUCUCCACCAGUGGAGUCCUGAUACACUCCUACACUUGGCACUUUAACCCUUGAAAGCCAUUCCUUCUAAUAACAAUAAUACUGCAAUGAGCUGCAUAAGAACAUCCUGCCUCUAUCGCAUCCCCUCCGCCUCCAGAGACCCCUCCCUGCCCCCAUGCAAUCCAAAGCAUUUCUGCCUUUGACUUAGCAUAUGCUGUGCUAGAUAGUAGGGCAUAGUCCAUAGCGCUCAGUAAGGCGUGCCCCUCUGUAAAUAACCUUGGAGUGAUGUGAAGUUUGAUUCCAAAAAAAAAAACCAACAAAAAAAACCACAGAAAAAUGGAAUAACAGACUCUAGGGACUUGGCCAGUACCCCUCCUGUAAUGUUCAUUGUAUAUUUUUGAUGUACUAUAACUGUUGGGGAAAAAAAAA